CAUCAGCUGCCAGACGUCGCUAUGUUGUGAAGGAUGAAGGUCCAGGACAACACAACCCAAGAGUCAUAUUACUUAUAGUUAACUUGUGCUCUCCUAAUUAAUUUUUCCAGAUGAACAGUUCCCGAAUGAAGAGUUCACGUGUGGUUGUGUUAUUGAUAGUGGGAGUGAGUGCUGUGGUGAUGCUCCUGUACCUUCACUUAGCAACAGAAGUAGCACACCUUCGAAACACCAUGCACACUCACUCUCCCUUGAGUUAUCAGGAAGGUACUCCACCAGUUGGCAGAAACAUCCUAGACCCUGACAACUUGGUGAUCAUAUACAACAGAGUACCAAAGACUGGUUCCACCUCAUUUAUAGGACUGGCAUAUGAUCUGUGUUCCAAAAAUAAAUUCAAUGUUAUUCACUUGAACACAACCAGGAACACUCCAACACUGUCUCUAACAGAUCAGAUGCGAUUUGUGUACAAUGUAUCAAAUUGGGUGGAAAAGAAACCUGGAAUAUAUCAUGGACAUCUUGCAUACCUUGAUUUCAACAGAUUUGGUGUUAGUCAACAGCCAAUUUACAUCAAUAUAAUACGAAAGCCUCUGGAUCGCCUGAUAUCAUACUAUUACUUUGUCCGCUACGGCGAUGAUCUUCGACCUUAUCACAUUAGAAGAAGAAUGGGAGACAAAAUGACACUGGAUGAAUGUGUAGCUAUGGAACAUCCCGAUUGCUCCACAACACAUCUAUGGGUACAAGUUCCUUUCUUUUGUGGUCACCAUGCUGAAUGCUGGGUCCCAGGAUCUGGUUGGGCUCUUGAACAGGCAAAACACAACCUACUUCACAAUUAUUUUUUGGUUGGGGUGACUGAGGAAAUGGUGGAUUUUGUAGCCAUGCUGGAAUACUCGCUCCCUCGCUUUUUCAGAGGCUCUUAUGAUCUCUAUCUUUCUGGAUCUAAAUCUCAUCUGAGAAAAACUGUGAAAAAAAUUCUACCUUCAGAAGACACUAUAGCAAAACUUCAGAAUACUAAGGUAUGGAGAUUGGAAAACGAUUUUUACAACUUUGCACUUGACCAUUUCCAUUUCUUACGGAAGAAGACCCUGGUAGAGUCUGAGGGCAAUGGACACCUAAUGAACAGAGGACAAAAGUUUGCAUACGAGAAAAUUAAACCUAAAAGAAGCUAGGAUAUGAUUCCUGCAGAAGAAAAUAUGCAAGUAUAAAGUGAUGCCAGACUAAAGGAGCACUUAGUAGCUAAUGGUAAGGUGCACCACUUACCUUCUUUUCUUAGUAUGUACACAGUACAGUAAGUAGUUAGUCUGAACUUACAUAGAAUACACUAAAGUGCCUAGAUCAUUAUUUACAAAACAUCCUAUUUGUUUUUAUGUUAGAAUUAUGUGAAUUUAUUUCUUAUGUAAUUUAAUACUUUAGUCAAACAUUGAAGAUUUGUGUAAUAAGUUAAUGGUGUUGGCAUUAUCUCAUUAUAUAUUUCUUAAUCAAAUCACAGAAAGAAAAGACAAAUGGCUUUGCUCUCCUGUGAGCUGUUCUCAGGAUUUGAUUUAUAUUUGAAGACUUCACCAAAAGUCUUUAAGUAUUCAUUUUUCUAUGAAUCUUUUGUGAUUCAGCACAGGUUUAUUGUCUUCUGAUGCAUUUUCUUCUUCUUCAGGCAUGGU